AAGUAGUCUCCCUGACAUCGCGCUACUUCAACUUCACAUUUCCGUUGAGAUCUAUCUCUGAACCAAAAAAUAUAAGAACUCCUCACGAAAGCUUCAGAACUAGGGUUACGUUUUUCGAUCAGAUUCGUUUGUGAAAUUUGUAGAAGAUUAAAGAUGUUUGGAAGAGCACCAACCAAAAGUGAUAAUACUAAGUAUUAUGAAAUUCUCGGCGUUUCGAAAAGCGCUUCUCAGGAUGAUUUGAAGAAAGCUUACAAAAAAGCAGCUAUUAAGAAUCAUCCUGACAAGGGUGGUGAUCCUGAGAAGUUCAAAGAGCUUGCACAAGCGUAUGAGGUUUUGAGUGAUCCUGAGAAGCGUGAGAUAUAUGAUCAGUAUGGUGAAGAUGCACUUAAGGAAGGAAUGGGUGGUGGUGGCGGUGGGCAUGAUCCAUUUGAUAUCUUCAGUUCUUUCUUUGGUGGAGGUGGAUUUUCAGGUGGAGGUGGUAGGGUAAGGAGGCAGAGACGUGGAGAAGAUGUGGUUCACCCUUUGAAGGUUUCAUUGGAGGAUCUUUACCUUGGAACAUCUAAGAAGCUUUCUCUUUCACGAAAUGUCUUGUGCUCAAAGUGCAAAGGGAAAGGCUCAAAGUCCGGUGCUUCGAUGACAUGUGCUGGUUGUCAAGGUACUGGUAUGAAGGUUUCUAUUAGGCAUUUGGGUGCUAGUAUGAUUCAGCAAAUGCAGCAUCCUUGCAAUGAAUGCAAGGGUACUGGUGAGACAAUCAGUGACAAAGAUCGAUGCGGGCAGUGCAAGGGUGAGAAGGUUGUUCAAGAGAAGAAAGUACUUGAAGUUAUUGUGGAGAAAGGAAUGCAGAAUGGACAGAAGAUUACAUUCCCUGGUGAAGCUGAUGAAGCGCCGGAUACAAUCACUGGGGAUAUUGUCUUUGUAUUACAACAAAAGGAACAUCCCAAGUUCAGAAGAAAGAGUGAAGAUCUUUUUGUAGAGCACACAUUGUCUCUCACCGAAGCUCUGUGUGGCUUCCAAUUUGCGCUGACUCAUUUGGAUGGUCGGCAACUCUUGAUUAAGUCGAACCCUGGAGAAGUUGUCAAGCCUGAUUCAUACAAGGCAAUAAAUGAUGAAGGAAUGGAAGCAUACGACGAGGAUGAUGAUAUGCCUGGUGGUGGUGCUCAGAGAGUACAGUGCGCCCAGCAGUAAUGAGUCGGAUGCUGUGAUGGAAACAGUGGUGAGCUCUUGAUGGCUGUGGAGCCUUGUGCGACGGGCUAAACAUAGUAGUGUUUAAUUGGAUGAUUUUGAAAAACAAACAGUGUAGCAUUUAUUGUUGAAGAGAUACUUUUCGUAUAAAGAUGUCUUACAUGCUUAAUUUUUUUUUUUGUUUUCUUGUGUCUGCAGCUCAGUCACUCUUCCCCUCUUAUCAAACAAUUUUUUCCAUCGUGUGUUCCAAUUUACAAUUUUAGUCAGAAUACACUAGAUUCUUACUCA